AUGGCCACCCGCCGCUGCACUCGGAAGCCUUUGCUGGCACCCGGAGUCUCUAGGAUGGUCUGGAAGCAUCUGGUCCUCUUUUUCCUCUGGCUGCCGUCGCUCGUCUGGGGCGGCGCCUCCCCCACCUCUUGCCCGGCCGCCUGCUCCUGCAGCAACCAAGCCAGCCGGGUCAUCUGUACGCGCCGGGAGUUGGUGGAGGUCCCCGAGAGCAUCUCGAUCAACACGCGGUACCUCAACCUGCAGGAGAACAACAUCCAGGUUAUAAAGACUGACACUUUCAAGCACCUUCGUCAUCUCGAGAUCUUGCAGCUCAGCAAGAACCUGAUCCGUAAGAUCGAGGUCGGGGCCUUCAAUGGGUUGCCCAACCUCAACACGCUGGAGCUCUUCGACAACCGGCUGACCACCGUUCCCACUCAGGCCUUUGAGUACCUCUCCAAGUUGAGGGAGCUGUGGCUGAGGAACAACCCCAUCGAGAGCAUCCCUUCAUAUGCCUUCAACCGAGUCCCUUCCCUGCGCCGCCUGGACCUCGGGGAACUCAAGAAGCUGGAGUACAUCUCCGAGGCAGCCUUUGAAGGCUUGGUCAACUUGCGCUACCUGAACCUGGGCAUGUGCAACCUCAAAGACAUCCCGAACUUGACGGCCUUAGUGAGGCUGGAGGAACUGGAGCUAUCUGGGAACCGCCUGGACAUGAUCAGGCCCGGUUCUUUCCAAGGGCUGACCAGCCUGCGCAAGCUGUGGUUGAUGCACGCUCAGGUGGCCACCAUCGAACGCAAUGCCUUCGACGACCUCAAGUCCUUGGAGGAGCUCAACCUCUCUCACAAUAACUUGAUGUCCUUGCCGCAUGAUCUCUUCACCCCCUUGCAUCGCCUGGAGCGGGUCCAUCUCAACCACAACCCUUGGCACUGCAACUGUGACGUCUUGUGGCUCAGCUGGUGGCUCAAAGAGACCGUGCCCAACAACACCACUUGCUGCGCCCGCUGCCAUGCGCCGCCAAACCUCAAAGGGCGGUAUAUCGGAGAGUUGGAUCAAAGCCAUUUCACCUGCUAUGCCCCCGUUAUAGUAGAGCCUCCCACUGACCUUAACGUAACAGAGGGGAUGGCGGCCGAGCUGAAAUGCCGGACGGGGACUUCCAUGACUUCAGUCAACUGGCUGACGCCCAAUGGAACGCUGAUGACACACGGUUCUUACCGAGUGCGCAUCUCAGUCCUUCAUGAUGGCACACUCAACUUCACCAACGUGACGGUCCAAGACACAGGGCAGUACACCUGCAUGGUGACCAAUUCAGCAGGGAACACCACGGCUUCGGCCACGCUCAACGUCUCGGCUGUAGAUCCAGCCACCACAGGUUACACCUACUUCACUACGGUGACUGUGGAGACCAUGGACUCAGGCCAAGACGAGGCCACCCCUGCUAAGAAGGAUCCCGGUCCGACGCCGUCCCAAGGCUGGGGCAUGACUUACUCCACCACCUCGCUGACGCCCCGCAGCACCCGCAGCACCGAGAAGCCGUUCACCAUCCCGAUCACCGAUGUGACGGAGAGUGGCAUGAAGGACCUGGACGACGUCAUGAAGACCACCAAGAUCAUCAUCGGCUGCUUCGUGGCCAUCACCUUCAUGGCCGCCGUCAUGCUCAUCGUCUUCUACAAGCUCCGCAAGCAGCACCAGCUCCACAAGCACCAUGGGCCCACCCGCACCAUCGAGAUAAUCAACGUCGAAGACGAGCUGCCCGCCGCAGCCGGGGGCCCCGGCGACAGCCACCUGUCGCUCCCCGCCAUCGAGCACGAUCACCUCAACCACUACGCUGCUUUCAAGGCGCACUACAAUAACAACAGUGGCGGCGGACCCCUGACCUGUGGCUCCAAGAACCCCAUGCUCAAUUCCAUCCAUGAACCUCUCUUGUUCAAGAGCAGCUCUAAAGAGAACGUCCAAGAGACACAAAUAUGA